AUGACGCUACAGUGCAAUCGGUCUUGUGUGGUAAGAGGAGGAAAUAAGUUUGUGAUGAAUGACUUAUGACACAAUCUAUUGGUAUAUGUGACUCAUUGAUCUAAGCUGAAGAGCGUCAACGUCGGGAAUCUACAAACUGUGUUAUUAUAUUAUUGUUUUAAUUCUCAACUAGGGCUACGUUCCUGACUUCUUUGGACUGAUAAGCAAAGCUCACCUUGAAGUUGAACAACCCCUAUGGUACCGAUUUUUAUACAAAACCCAACAACGCAAAACCAUCGCCGCGGGGCUGAGGAAGGGAAAGUUGGUCUGUCAACGCAAAAUCAGCAGUCCAGCCUUAAUUCGACUCAAAAAAAAAAACAGUGACCGAAUUUGACGGCUGGAUGAGGGAGAAGCUGGGCGAGCAACUGGCAGGUUUCCUCUGAUUGGCAUUUACAAAGAUGGACAUCUAAUUUGCUUACUGCACAUUGAGGAGCUCAUUGCAACAAUGUGAAUUAAUCAUUGAAUGAAAAACAAGUGUUCUGCCUUAAUACACCGCAUGUGCCCUCUCUAAAGCACCUUGAAUUAUUUGAAGUUAACGUAUACGUGACUGUGGAAACUAUGCCAUAAUGCAUGAACUAUUCAGCCAAGUGCUGUCGAGGAGAGAUCUCUCCCGGGCCGGAGACCUCUUCUCUGUACCGGACUCGGAUAUCGUCCACGACCUGUCUGCCGCCCUCUACUGCAUUCAAGAGAUAGCCUCUUCUGAGAAUUACGUGAGGAGCGACAAUGACCAAGCCGUUGUGGAGAUAUGUAUCACGAGAGUUACAACGGCAAUCAGGGAUACUGGAUCGAUUGAAGAGCAUGUAGAGGCGCUCGUUUCUCUCUGGCAGUCAUGCCUUCAUCACAAUCUCAAACUGACCACGAGAGAUGAAGACCCGCCUCAUGCCAAGAUUGCCUCUGACAUCAUGAGCUGCUUGUUUAUGCAAAACUACGGCAAGCGGAGUGUGAUGGAAUUGGCUCUUCCGGUAGCGAUACGGUUUCUCCGGCAUGGGAACCGAGAUCUGAUCAGGAACGUGUCCAGCUAUCUUGCCCUGGCUGCCAUAGAGAAUGCACAUCUGCUAGCUGAACACUGCAGAGCCAUCAUUCACAGCAUCACACAAGGCAACAGAUCCUUGACCCGUAUCCUGCCCCAGAUCUAUACCGAAGACCCCGGUCCUAUCGAAGACUGUCUACCAGACCUGGUCUCCAUCCUACCCGGCUGCGAUGAGAACGAGAAGUCCAACAUCCUCCAACUCAUGGCGCUCAUGGCAAAAAGAAAACCAAAAAUCCUGAAGGAUUAUGUCCCAGUCCUAGUGGCCAACCUGAACAACCCUACGACCUCCCAGACGGUGCUCUCAGCCCUGGUUGACAUCGCCUCCAUCGACCCCGCCCCGUUCACACUAUGCCUUGCCCAGCUCCAGGCGGGGAUCAGGAGACAGCCCGCGCUGCUCUCCAUGGCUGGCAAGAUCUUUGGCGCCGUGGGCAGACUGAGUCCUGAAGCAGGUGAGGCGUGUAUCGAGUUCCUGGUCCAGGAAUUAUCCUGCGUGGACCAGACUGCACUACCAGCCAUUCUAAUCGAGAUCAAGAGCAUCGGGGACCGUCAUAAGGGUAUCUUAGGCCCAUACAUACAGGAGAUCAGCAUGCAGAGCCAAAGCAACUCCACGGCAGCUAGGAUGAUCGUACAACAACUACAGAGAGACACAGUCAGCAGUGAGCAUGGGCUCCACAGACCAGUCAGUAUGAUUGAACCAAGACAUUUAUCACAGGACAAUAAGCCAUUCAGUGCCACCAAUAUCAGCCAAAUGUCAGAAGAGAGGAAGAAACUGUACCGCAAAGCGCAAGGGCGCCCCCACACCCGCAGCGACAUGCAAGGUUCCUUGCAGCCUUUACGGCAUCCAGGACAUUCCUAUUCAGAACAGGCCCUGCACCUUCACCACACACCGCUUGGCGUGGGACGUGUCAACUCAAACAGUCUAGGUGUCCUAGAGAUGGCGGGGAGAAGCGAGAGCAAGGGUAGUGUGCAAUCGGGUGCAAGCGGAACGGCUUUGAGAUCGGGGACUCGCAAACAGAUCACGACAUCGCCGACGAGGAAGUCGGAGUUUGAGCGCAAAAUUACCAACAGGCAACAUCGCUCCAGCAAAGGAAACUUAAAUCUCCAUGUCUCGUUGGCAACGUCUUCGGAGAAUGAAAGUGCAACAUCACCAACGUCUCCUCCAACAUCUGCCCAAACUCAUAUGGAGGCAAAUGGUAAUUCCACGUCAACGCAUGCAAGUUCCCUGCAAGGUAGAGUUUCGCCGUCAAGCCCGACAUUGCAGUCGCCGACGUCGCAGACUUCAUCAGGCAUCGGCGACGGCUCGCGGUUGAGUGUGGGAAUGUCCAUGACAGGUAGCGGGAGUAAUCGAGAUAGCAGCUUGCAGCAGUACCUGUUUAAAAGACAAAGAGAAAUGAGUAGUUAUAUGGAUUCUAUCAAAGACAGGAUUCCGAUCCCAGAAGAAUGCACAGUGCAAGAGGAUAUUAGGAACAGACCAGUAGGGAAGCUGGACUUCUACUGCUCGUUAAAAGAACCUCAUUGUCUCUACAGCACGCUGCCAUUCUCCAUGGAAACCAAACAAAUAUUGCCAUGGAUACAUCUCAAAUAUUUACAUCUUCAAGCUACAUCUCCUACACCGGUAUCGCUGGACGAUAACGCAGUACAGAGCCUCAAGAUGAGCUGGGAGAAGCAGAAGACGAUCGGAGGUCACAUGACCUUCCUCAAACUCAUCACGCAAAACUUCCCCCAAGCGAAGGUGCAGCAAGGGCUGAUCAGGCAGCUUUGCCGGGCUAGUUACUAUGAUAUGUUCACCUACAAUGCCAAGACGUGUAACUGGACAUGUUUUCUUUGUAGCAGUCCAAAUAAAAUGGACAAAAUGAUGGACCUUAUGGGAACUGACUCUAUUCCAUUUCAAAUUAAUACUGAAGAUUUAAUUGCCGGAGGUCAACCUCUUAUUGAAGGUCAGUUGAAAGAGAAGAAAGUCCGCUGGAAGCUCUUCAGGAGAUGGAAGACACGCUACUUCACCCUGGCCGGAGAGAGAUUACUCUACAGUAAAAACAAAUCGCAGAUGACGGGAACUCUGCCCAUUGAACUGAGCAAGGUCCAGAGCGUCAAGACGCUGCGUCGACGUGACCGAAGCAUUCCAAAGGCCUUUGAAAUCUUCACGGACGACCAGAAGACGUACGUCUUCAAGACGCGGGACGGCGCCAAUGCAGAGCAAUGGGUUCAGUGCCUCACCCUGGCGAUGCGUCAACGUCAAGCCAGUUUCCGGAGCGAUAACGAGUCAACGACGUAGAUUCUGUGCAAGUUGUGUAAGCAAGUAUUUUCUUUCAAUCCCGGCAGAGUUAGUCACCGGUGUGCUUGUUAUCUAGGAAUGAUUGUUGAUUGAUGUUAAGGAACCGCUUCAAAAGUCAGAGCCGCAUGUUUUCAACAAGGAAUCCACAAGCAGCUUUUCUUACUGGGCCCCGUCUUACUAAGUGUUACGAUUGAUCCAAUCAAUCAUAACUCUAUGGAAGUCCAUCAGUGUCAUAA